GCCACCUCGCGUGUUUCUCUCGUAUAAUAACCCCCAUCUAGGGUUAGGGUUUAGUCAUUCCUGUCUAGCCUCUCGUCGACGGCUGCUCUCACUCGAAUCCGAGCUCAAUGGCAUCGGAGAAGAAGCUCUCGAACCCGAUGAAGGAGAUCAAGGUGCAGAAGCUGGUGCUCAACAUCUCGGUUGGAGAGAGCGGAGAUCGACUCACGAGAGCCGCUAAGGUCCUUGAGCAAUUGAGUGGGCAGAGUCCUGUGUUUUCAAAAGCUAGGUAUACUGUUCGAUCUUUUGGUAUCCGACGUAAUGAGAAGAUUGCAUGUUACGUCACAGUCCGAGGUGACAAGGCAAUGCAACUCUUGGAAAGCGGUUUGAAGGUGAAGGAGUAUGAGUUGCUGAGGAGGAAUUUCAGUGAAACCGGAUGCUUUGGUUUUGGUAUCCAGGAACACAUUGAUCUUGGAAUCAAGUAUGACCCUUCAACAGGAAUCUAUGGUAUGGACUUCUAUGUCGUGUUGGAACGCCCAGGUUACCGUGUUGGCCGCCGCCGCCGCUGCAAGUCCCGAGUUGGGAUUCAGCACCGAGUUACGAAGGAUGAUGCCAUGAAAUGGUUCCAGGUUAAGUAUGAGGGAGUCAUCCUCAACAAAUCUCAGAAUAUCACCGGCUAGAAAAACAUAAAUUCACUUGAUUGCUGGCCCCAAGCGUUUUGUUAGAGAACAAGUUAGUUACUAUUAUCUUUAGAAACUGUAGAAUGGGUUUUGUUUGUGAUACAAUUGCUUUAGUGAAAAGACCUUGCAGAUCUUCGUUGACAUUGUUUUAUCAUGCUACUUGAGAUUCAUAACCUGAUGAUACUGUUUUCGUUGCC